AUGGGUAGGACGGGGUUGCAGGAGUUAUAUAGGCUACCGAAACAGAAAAGGACUAGGAUGGCGAUCUGUACUUAUAACGCAUGUACGCUUGCAUCGGAAGCGGCCAUCGAAGAUCCGAUGAUGCAAGCCAAGAAGAUCAAGUACGACGUCAUCGGACUGACCGAGAUGAGACGAUGUCACCCUCUCAACGCCGUAUAUGAAAGUGGAGAAGAACUGUUCUUAGGGACAUGCGACAGUAGAGGUGUUGGUGAAGUUGGCGUCCUCGUCAACACGAGUAUGGCAAAGAACAUCGACUCUUUCGAUCAACUUACGACCCGUAUCGGACGUCUGCGGAUGAGAAGAUGUGGUCCAACACCAGCUUUGACUAUCUUCGUCGCUUACGCUCCAACAUCAAGCUACGAAGAAGAAGAAGUCGAAGCUUUCUAUAUGGACCUGGAGAAGUUCUACCGGGAAGAUCAUGCCUUCUACAAUGUCAUAAUUGGCGAUUUCAACGCUAAAAUUGGCGAUUUCAACGUCAAAAUUGGCCCAAGAAGAACGCCGGAGGAGCUUCACAUCGGGACCCACGGCCUACAAUGGAUUGACCAGGGGAAGAGGCUCUCCGAGUUCAUCAUGGCGACUAAGACCGUCCAUGGGAACUCGCAAUUCCAGAAGCCCUCCUCUCUACGCUGGAAGUGCGAGACUUCCCAUACAACACAAAAUAAUACCGAAUGCUGGCACCGAUGA